AAGGGAGAUAUACAUUGAAUGGGAAAAUAGCUGGGAAAAUGAAUGUAACUUUUUUUUUAUUAAGCGAUUAAUGAACGCUGAUAAAAUCACUAAUAACGUGAUUUUAUGCAUGAACUCAAUUUUAAUGCGCCACUAUUUGUUAAAUCGCAUAAAACUAUUGGAUUGCUGAAUGAAGAAGAAGGAGAGAGUUUGCAUGGCGGCGUUAAUCAGGAAUUAAGACAGUUGCAUUCAGUAAGGAAUCAGGAACAGAAGCUGCGUCUUGUUUUAAAACGCUUUGAACUGCACAGCAAAGCUGAUAGAAAGCUUCAAGCUGCUAAAGUAAGAAAGUGUGUUGUGUGUUCAGAGCAUGGCAAAAAAUCGUUUUAUAGAAAAGAAAUUAGUUCGAAUGUGCUUCAACAGUUACGUAAGCAUUACAGUUUCAGUCAUCAUAAAGAAUUUUGUCUUUCUGGUGAAAGAAUGGGAUACAACAUAGUUCUAACUGCGUGUACAAAGAGUGUUAAUACUACCUUAAGAACAAAUCAUUGGACCAACUGAUAACUAAAAAAAUUUCUUGCUUAUGAGAAUCCACAAAAUAAAUGAUUCUAAUAAGUCUUAGCAGUUACAUAACAGUUUGUUUCAGUCAGAUCAUAAAGAAAAUUUUCAAUCAUGAAUAAACGACAACUAAUACGAACCAUCAUAUUGUUGAUCAUUGUUGGAUGGGGCAUCAUUAGUUAAACCUUACUCUAGAAGAAGCAUGAAGCGCCAACAUUUAACAUAAGAAGUCAUUAAGAUUAUGGAGAGUAUUUUCCAUAUGGAAUGGAAAUAAAACUAGUAUCAAUUGCAUACAAAGAUCGUUUACUACUUAUAGAACAUAUAUAAAUAUAUUAACUGAAAAAAAAAAUUAUUUAUGUCAAUCCACCAAAACGAUAUUUAUCAAAUUAUUUAAAUUGCCUAUAUUGUUAUGUAUAUUUAUAAAAAAUGUGUUAUUUUUCCACAGAAAAGUGUUAAUAUUGUAAUAUC